AUGUCAACCCCGGUCUUUGAGGGCCCCGAGCCCAAAUACAAAACAGGCACCGCGUCUGAUGAACAACGAGGGGAAGCUGGUCAACAGUACGACUUCCCCGCGGAAGAAGAGAUGGCUGAUGAUAGAGACGAUCGGUUGAAGGUGAACGUCGAGCGGGAGUCCGGCGAGUGCCUACUGCCAACACCCUCGCAGGAUCGGGAAAAGGCCUUCCGUCUAGACGAUGACAUAGCCAUGCUGCAAGCGGAGCGGAUGGUGUCCAAUACAGAUCUUCCGGAAAGGGGCAGGUCGCUCUCAAUCAAGCCUGCUCGUUCUCACCGUACGGAUCCAGUGGACGAGUUCGACACGGCUACGAACCCUAUACACGAGCAUGCCUCCCUCUACAAACCGCCAGAGAACCCCACAAACUCCGUUGCUCGCUUCUUCAAGAAAGUCCACGAGUCGAGCUUCCUCGUCCGAUAUUUCACUUACAUCAUCCCUUUGGUUCUCAUCAUACUCAUCCCUCUACUGCUGGGUGCUUUUGUCUUCAAAGAUGCCACAGUCGGCGGCGUCAGCUUGCUCUGGUUCUCCGUCUGGCUUGAGAUCGUCUGGCUCACGCUGUGGGCAGGCAGAAUCCUGGCUAAGUUCCUUCAAUUCCCCGUGGCCAUCAUUGCCAGCUUAUUCACCAAUAACUCGAAGAAGUGGCGUGACCUAGCAUCUCAGCUAGAAUUACCUGCGGCGCUUUUCUUCUGGUGGCUGAGCGUGGAAAUCUCGUUUCUACCGACCAUGAUAUCGCAUCACGUCGACGGGAACCGUGCUGUUAAAGAAUGGGAAACCAUCGUGAACAAGAUCAUCAUUUCGAUUUUCGUCGGUAUGACGCUGAACCUGAUUGAGAAGCUCAUCAUCCAGCUUAUCGCCAUCAGCUUUCAUCUGCGAACCUAUGCAGACCGUAUCGAGAUCAAUAAGUUUCAGAUUGGUAGUCUGACCAAGCUGUAUACCUAUUCCAAGGAACAUACCAAUAUGAACGACUCGGAUCUGGAAGAGAGUUCUGAUAAACGCAGCUCGGGCGUCAGGACCCCAAUGGUAUAUGCUGAUCGUGCUCAAAAAGUCGCUCGGGGAGCCCUAAGCAAAGUCGGUGACGUCGCUGGUGCCGUUGCCGGAGACUUUACCGGUAGACGCGUCAAUUCGAGCAACCAUCCUCACCAGGUGCUAGCCCGCCGCUUGUACCGCACUUUUGUCAAAGAUGGCUUUGAUACUGUUUUUGCCGGAGACCUCAAGUCUGCAUUUGACAACAACGAGGAAGCUGAAGCUGCCUUUCAAAUGUUUGACAAGGACAUGAACGGUGAUAUCUCCAUGGAGGAGCUUGAAGCCGUCUGUGUCGAGACUGGAAAGGAGCGUAAAUCCAUUACCGCGUCUCUCAAGGAUCUCGACUCUGUUGUCUCCAAGCUUGACGAUGUCUUCUUCUUUAUUGUGGUGGUAAUCACCAUCUUGGUUUUCUUAUCUCUUAUCUCAGCCUCUACCGCCGGAGUUCUUACAUCUGCUGGAUCAACACUGUUGGCCCUCUCCUGGCUCUUCUCUGCCACGGCCCAGGAAUUUCUCCAGAGUAUCAUCUUCGUUUUCGUCAAACAUCCUUUCGAUGUUGGCGAUCGAGUGUCCAUCUACGGUAAUACCGGCUCAAAUCUUACCGGGGACGACUACUUCGUCAAAGAGAUUGCCUUGCUGUACACUGAAUUCAAGAAGAUGCAGGGCCACGUCGUCCAGGCUCCAAACAGCUAUCUGAAUACGCUCUUCAUUCUUAACCAGCGUCGUAGUGGUGGGCUUGCCGAAGCUGUCCCUGUCAUAAUCAAGUUCGGCACCACACUGGAGCAAAUCGAUGCGCUACGACAGAGGCUACUAGAUUUUGUCACUUCAGAAAAACGCGAGUUUCAGACCCAGGUGCUGACCGAGCUCAAGGAGGUAACGGAGAACUACUCCAUUACUCUGAACGUAGUGUUCUUCUACAAAUCCAACUGGCAGAACGAACUGCUCCGUUUGCAGCGCCGCAACAAGUUCAUCUGCAACCUAAUGAUCUGCCUACAGGAGCUCAACAUCGAAGGGCCACGCAUGAACCUGGUCGGAUACCGAUCCGAUCUUCCAGCCCAUAUUACUCAUCAGGGUGCUCCGCCACAGUAUACCAGCGCUCCCACACACGGUGCCAACACCCCCGGCGCGAUGACCGAUGUAUCGCAGACCUCUGAAGCCCGCGAUGCCGUGGGGGAUCUGGCACCGUCUUCUGCCGUCCACAUCCCACACCAUACCCACUCGAUACUCCGUCACCGCGAUCGAUCCGGCACUACGGCCUCAAACCGCUCUCUGGGCGGUGCUCCCAAACGCGUUGACUUUUCCCUUGGCAUGAAAGCCGUUAGCUCGGACGAUAUGAUUUCCGAUGUUUACUGGGACCGUGGAAAGCGGGUAGAAGACAUCGUGCGCUCCACCAAUCUCGAAGCCGCUGAGCGUCGACAGCAAGAGAAAGACCACGAUGUAUCAAUGGACAGGAUUCCAUCAAAUCAGCGAAACUCUAAUGACUCCCGCCGGUCCAAUUUCUCCCAGUCAAGGGGCAGCGUCGCUUCGUCCGUCCAUCGGAACCGAUUUUUCGGCCGCAUGGGAAGCAGUCGGGGAACACCAUCCCGCAGCCGGACUCGUGACGCAGGAGGCCAGUACGAAGACCUCAUGGAACAAGGACGGUACCAUGCUACCGUGGCCGAUGAGGAGCCGGACCCAGCCCCGGGCCGGAGUCAAUCUCUGGAUCCGCGUUCCGGCAGCGUGGACACCCAAGGGAUGUACGACGACACACAAAUGCACGGCACGAUGUGGUCCUCUGGCGUCGAGCGACAUCCAACCCACGGCUCCGAACGGCCGUUGGACGACAGUUAUGAACUGCCUAAUUAUCAGCGACAAUAA